GUUCAGAGAAGCGAUGAGCAAUCCGAAGGCGAGGUCGUCUAUCCAAUGAGAGCAUGGAGAAGACGGGCCUUGACCGCCGCGACACUGACCUACGGGUGCCCGGUGGCGCGGUGAGUGGAAUGUGUCUUCUGCUGGGCGCCUCAGGUGUUGGGAAGACGCUGCUGGUGAAACGCUUGCAGAAGCUGUGCUCCCGGGAUGGCGAGGGGGACCUGGGGGACCCUCCCCCUACGCGGCCCACGGUGGGUACCGACCUUACUGACAUCAUGGCUCCAAGAAAGAUAACCAUUCGGGAGCUCGGGGGGUGCAUGGGCCCCAUCUGGUCCAGUUACUAUGGAAACUGUCAUUCGCUUCUGGGUGUUGCAGACGUUUUUCUCCUUCCCCAGUUCAUGAUGGAUGCCUCUAACCCCACCCAGCUCUCUGCAUCCUGUGUGCAGCUCUUGGGUCUCCUUUCUGCAGAACAACUUGCAAAAGCAUCAGUCCUGAUUCUCUUCAAUAAAAUUGACCUACCCUGUUACAUGACCAUGGAGGAGAUUCAGUCAUUACUCAGGCUUCCAGACAUCGUUGCUUGUGCCAAGCAGAACAUCACCAUAGCAGAAAUCAGCGCCCGGAAAGGCACUGGCUUGGCUGGGGUACUACACUGGCUCCAAGACCAGCAUAGAACCAGGGGCUGACAAGUGGAGACGUGUGGCUGGCCCAUUGGGUGGCCAGGAGGCAGAGGAUGGCAUUGCUUGGCUCCUGCUGGUUUGUCCUGAUAGGGGAAGAACAACCCAACAUAGCUCUAAAUGAUAGGGUUCCUUGCUGAGCUGCAUCAGAGGGUAAACUGAGAUACCCAGAGUACAGACUGCUGACGCCUGGCCUCUGAAAGAAAGACUGUUCCCAGGGCUGGGAGAGGACAGACCUGCAGGUGGCUGGGUGUCCUGUUGUCAUCCUGCAAUGGUGCUACUGGGACUCCUUCCAGGAAACACCUUCUUAGAUGUGCUACGCAAAUCAUCACGUCACCCCACAGUUAUAGACUGUCUUGGUUCCAGUCCCAUUGGUACUACAGGGGCAGGAAGCAUGAUCACAGCUAACACUAUAUAACAAAAGACAUGUUAACAAAAGAAGAACAUAAUAGGCUUCUUUUUUUUUUUUUUUUUUACCGGGGAUUGUGCUCAGUACCUUGCGCUUGCAAGGCAGGUGGCAGCACCACUGAGCUAAAUCCCUGGCUCCAUAAUAGGGUUUUUAAAUCAAAGUUUUACAUGGGAUGAGAGCCUUCAUCAAUGAAGAUCUGAAACCAGGGAUAACAGUUUUUACAAUCUUCAGGUUUGGUGAGGAUGGACAGUUAUGUGGAAAUCCCACUGGGCCAGGCAUGGUGGCACAUACCUAUAAUCCCAGUACUCAGGAACCUGAGGCAGAGGGAUUGCUGCAAUUUGAAGCCAGCCUGAACUAAACUAUAUAGUGAGAGAAAAACAUGAAAACAACUACACAGUGAGCCUGUGUCUCAAAAAUCCAAAAGAAGAGCCAAGUGUGGUGGUGCAUGUUUGUAAUCCCAGCACUUGGGAAGCUGAGACAGGAGGAUCACUGCCAGUCUGAGGCCAGCCUGAACUAAAUAGCAAGGCCCUGUCUCAAAAAACAAAGAAACAAAACAAAUAAAAGAAAAAAAGAAAAAGAAAUGCAAUUGACCAGUAGAGUGUUCUCUAAUGCUAAUGAUGGGGGGGGUCAGAUAUCCUUCUUAGUCUCUGGCAUUCCUUCUCUUGUAUAUGGGUGGGAUCCCUCUAAAAUAAAGGUCUUCAAGGGAGAAGGAA